GAGGGUAUUGGAUGUGACGAUUGGACAACAUGGAGUGAAUUUGUACAUCUUGGACCGGAUGUAUAUAUUAUCAAAUGGAUUUUUUAUGUUUUAUGGGCAACAUUAUUUGCAACUACUUGUGCUUAUCUUGUGAAAAAUUUUGCACCUUAUGCAGCAGGGUCUGGCAUUUCAGAAAUAAAGUGCAUUAUUGCUGGAUUCGUGAUGAAAGGAUUUUUAGGUGGAUGGACACUUGUUAUGAAAAGUAUUGGCUUGGUAUGUAUAGAAAGUGCGGUAUUGAGUUAUUAUUCAUACAUAUUAUAGACAAUGGCUGUGGCUUCUAAUUUGUCUAUUGGUAAAGAAGGCCCUUCUGUUCAUAUGGCAUGUUGUGUUGGUAAUGUUAUUUCCCGCUGUUUUAAAAAAUUUAGAACUAGCAAAGCUGAAAUGAGGGAAAUGUUAACAGCUUCGAGUGCUGCAGGUGUUGCAGUCGCUUUCGGUUCCCCAAUUGGAGGUGUAUUAUUUGCAUUAGAAGAAAUGAGUACACAUUUUCCAAAUAGAACUAUGUGGAAAAGUUUCUUUUGUGCAAUGAUAGCUACUAUAGUACUUCAGUUUAUGAAUCCCUUUCGUACUGGGAAACUUGUCAUGUUUCAAGUAAGCUAUGACCGUGAUUGGCAUUUCUUUGAAUAUCUAUUUGUAGUUUUUAUUGGAUUGUUUGGUGGAUUGUAUGGUGAACUUGUCAUUAAAUACAAUUUGAUUGUAGCUCAAUUCAGAAAAACAGUUCUCAAGAAUUAUCCAAUUAUAGAAGCUGCCAUCCUUGCAUUUCUUACAGCAGUUAUUGCCUAUCCAAAUGUAUUUUUACGUAUAGAUAUGACAGAAAUUAUGGGUAUUUUAUUCAGAGAAUGUGAAUCUUCUAAUACUACAGAAAACUAUUAUAACCUUUGUAAUCAAAAUGAAACUGCCAGAAUGGUCAUUUUAUUGUUUAUUGCUACUUUAUUGCGUUGCUUUGGUACAAUCAUAACAUAUGGAGCAAGAGUACCCUGUGGUAUCUUUGUUCCCUCAAUGGCGGUUGGCGCUACAUUUGGAAGAAUGGUUGGGUUAUUAGUCAAAUCAUGGCAAGAAUCGAAUCCAGAUUUCUUUUUGUUUUCGUCUUGUCGACCUGAUAUGCCCUGUAUUACACCAGGUACAUAUGCCUUUUUAGGUGCAGCUGCUGCCUUGUGUGGUGUUAUGCGAAUCACAGUCUCUGUCGUUGUCAUUAUGUUUGAAUUGACAGGUCAGAUUACAUAUAUUUUACCUACGAUGAUUGCUUUGAUGGUGACUCGUGCUGUUGGUGACUGGUUUAGCUCAGGAGGUAUUGCUGACCGCUAUAUUCGCUUAAAUGGCUAUCCUAUCUUGGACAACGAUGAAAAGGUAUUCAAUGUGCCUGUUUCUCAUGUUAUGCAAGAGGACAUGACGGUCAUGACAGCUACUGGUAUGACAUUUAGGGAUAUUGAGACCAUUUUGGAAAAUACAGAAUUUCAAGGAUUCCCCGUGGUAGAGGAUAUGAGGACAAUGAUGUUAAUUGGCUAUAUGGGUCGUUCUGAACUUCGUUAUUUGAUUGAAAAGGCACGAAUUAAUAACAAGGCACAAAGUAAAACGAUUUGUCGCUUUACAGCUGAUAGAGAAGAGCCCGAAAUUUUAACGGAUUUAGAUGAUACACAUGAAUUAAGAGGAUUUUCUUCUGAUGUAUUGGAUUUUGGUGCCUACAUGGAUCAAACACCGAUUACUGUACAUCCUAGACUUUAUUUAGAAACAGUGAUGGAUAUUUUUAAACAGUUAGGACCUCGUGUAGUUUUGUUAGAAGAACGAGGUAAAUUGAAAGGAUUAGUAACUGUAAAAGAUGUUUUAAAAUAUACGGCAAGAAUGGAAAGUACCUAUUCAUCUACUGUUCAAUAUAAACAAAAGUGUGGUGGCCUAUUUGAUAAACUCUCUUCAUGGAUACAUAAAGAGGCAAAUAACGAUGAAACUUCUUAUGUGCAAUUACAGAAUAGAAGCUCAGUAGAUAUUACUUUUGAAUCUCAUGAAUUAAAUAAUAGACUUUAAUCAAAAAAUAAAUUAUUGCAUUUUUUUUUUUUUUU